AUGGGCGAAGUGUUUGAUGUCGCAGUGAUUGGGGCCGGCAUGGCUGGCAUCAUCGCAGCUCGUGACCUGAGCGAGAAAGGCUACAAAGUGGUUUUGUUAGAAGCCCGUGGUCGUCUUGGAGGGCGAACUUAUAUGGACCACGCUUGUGGUGGAAUACUUGAACUAGGAGGAGGCUACGUACACUGGACACAACCGCACGUCUGGAGCGAGCUCCAGCGCCACGGAAUUUCUCUCGAUCCCCCAAUGGAGGAAGGAAAGAAUUACUGGCUUGCCGAUGGUGCUGUACACACUGGCAGUUCCGACAAGUUCUACGCAACCGCAAUGCCACUUCUGGAACGACUUUUCUCCGACAGUCGUGCUCGAUUCCCGAUGCCAUUUAUCCCCACCGCGAUCGACAACACAGAAAUCGAGAAGGAGUCGAUCGAAGACCGUAUAAAUUCGUUGAACAUCUCCUCGUAUGAGCGGGAUGUUCUGGAAGGGGCGUUGUCUGGUGUGGUGCAUUCUUACAAAGAUCAUGGCAUUGCCCAACUGCUCCACGCUGUGGCCACGUACUUCGGAAAUUUCGCUGCCUUUUUUGAAACGGCUGGCACUUGGAGCAUCCAGGGUGGUACUAAGGGACUGAUCCAUGCCAUCAUGGCUGAAUCGACUGCCAAGCUACUACUUUCCACGCCAGUGACCUCCAUUACCGAUGAAGGCUCCCGGGUUAUCGUUGGCACUCAGGAUGGCCAACAGAUCCAUGCUCGUAAGACAAUCGUCGCGCUUCCACUCAACACCAUUGGUGACGUGCAAAUCACACCCAUGUUGCCCGUCAUGGCGCGAUCAAUGAUCGCGGAAAUGAAUCCGACCAUGGCUGGUAAGCUCUGGAUUCGAGUUCGGGGCGAAAUAGAACCUUUUAGUAUCUACGCACCAGCUGGAAAAUACCCGCUCAAUGCUGCGAGAACUGAGAAGUACUUUGAUGGAGAUACACUCGUUCUUUGCAUGUGCUCUGAUGAUGCUUCUAUUCGUGGCCAGGAUCGCUUGGGUGUACAAGCGGCGCUACGGAAGUUCAUACCGAAUAUUGAAGUUGUCGAUAUUGCGUACCAUAGCUGGGUCGGCGAUGAAUACUCCAAGGGAGGCUGGAUGAUGAAUCGACCUGGGUUCUUUACAACUGGUGCUGUGGAACUCCGCCGGCCACAUGGCAACAUUCACUUCGCAGGGAGUGAUGUUUCGGCGAGUGAGCCGGGCUCUAUUGAGGGUGCUUUGUCGAGCGGCGCACAAGCUGCUCGUGAUGUCUCUAUCAAGCUGACCAAACAGAAGCUACAGUCCUGA